AAAAAUAAUAAAUAAUAAAAUAAUGUUUCUCCCUUUGCGCCAAAUGCAUGCGCAAAGAAUCGCGUCAAAAUGGCGGACUAUGAAACCGAAACGAAUCCCCGGAAAAAAAUUAAGAUUCAUCAUCGCGCUGACCAAAAUGGUGAUCUCACAGAAGCAAAUGAAGUUCAAGCUGAAUCAUCUGAGGUUAUUCAAAACAAAGAAGAAGACAAAGAAAGAAAAAUUGAUUCUAAUGCAACUGAGGGGGAUAUAGCUAAAAAAGAUGAACUUGAAAAGGAAAAAGAGGACAAUUCUGGUAAAAUUGGAGAUGAUAAGUCAAAUAGAAAUCUUGAUAUUGAUGAUAGUGAUGAUGAUGUUAAAAUGGAAGAAGGAACAAGUGGGAAAGAUAUUGAUGUUAGUGAUGCAGAAUCAGAUGUUAGUGCACUUAGUGAAGGGUCUAGUCUUAGUGGAGAAGACACAUGGAAAGCCGUUGCUGCAGGACCGAUGGCAUGGGUAAUGAGAUGUAUGGAAGAUGGCGUAAAUCCGAGAUCAAUCUUGGCACAGAUCAUUCCAGAUGAAAAUGAUAUACCGGAUGUUGAUGACUAUAUACUGUGGAAACUUGUUGUAAAUCUGGUAUCUGAACCUCCGCCCAGAAACAAACUACCUGAUAUAAAUACACUAGAAGAUGUUGUAAAUUUACUGCAGAAAUGUGAGAAAAUUAUGGUCCUUACAGGAGCAGGGGUAUCCGUGUCAUGUGGUAUACCAGACUUCCGGUCUCGGAAUGGUAUAUAUGCCCGGUUAGCUGUAGACUUCCCAGAUCUUCCGGACCCUCAGGCCAUGUUUGAUAUAAAAUACUUUAAGAAUGAUCAGAGACCUUUCUUUAAGUUUGCCAAGGAGAUUUAUCCAGGUCAGUUUGAACCAUCUAAGAGUCACAAGUUCAUAAAAUUGAUAGAGGAUCAUGGGAAAUUAUUACGCAACUACACACAGAAUAUUGACACACUUGAACAAGUGGCAGGAAUUAAAAAUGUCAUACAGUGUCAUGGAUCAUUUGCUACAGCCACGUGUAUGACUUGUCAUCAUAAAUGCUCCAGUGAUGAUAUUAAAGAACAAAUAAUGGAGCAGGUAAGAGGAAGUAAUUUUGUUAUGUGUGCAACAACUAAUGCCUUUUAA